UGGACAAUAUUUAGAUAGAAAGAUGUCUCGCCUUCAAGAAGAUGACUCAGCAACAUUUGAUGGAAGGGCGCCUUGACCAAGGACGUGAUCGGAUGUGGUCGGGGACGGGACAGGUGUCGUCUGGUCCUAUGUUUUGUGUUGUGUCUUAAUGCUUAGAAUAUUAUGUCUUGUAGAACUCUCCUAUUUUCAAAUAAAUGUAGGAGCGACGGGGGAGAUUGUUUAGAGCGUGUUGAGAGGCUGUAACCUGAACAAUCUCCCAUGCGCCCUCCUCAUGAGUAAAAUGACCAACGUCUUCAUUCCUUUUGUGUUUAUUCAUAAUAAUGUUUGGUGAGAUAAAUCCAACAUUAAAUUGGUCCUUCGAGCCGGAUGUCAACACACCCGAGGAUUCCAGUUGUGGAGCCGACACCCAGUUAAGAGACCGUGGCCACGGCAAUUGAGACCCUUUCCGGGACUGGUCUUCGUUCUUCUCAACUGGGAUCUGAAGGUUGACGACAAUCCACAGGAUUGAAGACGACUGGAAACCAAGUUGGUUGGACCGGGAGACUGGGUCCUAAUUCGAAGCAUCAAAAAGAAGCACUGGCAUUCACCGAAGUGGGAAGGACCGUAUCAAGUAUUAUUGACAACUCCAACAGCCCUAAAAAUAGCAGAAAGAAAUACGUGGGUUCAUUUAACACACUGUAAAAGGGUCAUUUCAGCUGAGUACUCAAAUAGGGAAGGUGAGCAAAAGUCUGAUAACGGAGCGGGAGCAGAUGUGUAGAUUCUGAAAACGCUUGCUGGUCAGUGAAGAAAAAAGACACCAACCCGUUUAGUGAGAACUCAGCAGAAUGGCACACCCACGUUGGUUACGAGAUUCGAUAAGCUGUUACGCAGCAACUUUGGUUACUAUAGUGUUGGUUUUGUUUAUGUGGUACGUGGGAAGUCCCACACUAAACGAUACAACGCAUUUUUUAGAUAGGAAAUCACCUACCAACUGGACCAAUAUGACCAACCCAAUAAUAAAAAAUUUGGAAGCAUUAACUCGUACCAAAAGGAGUACAGUUGAUGAUCAGAACUGUGGGCAUGACCUCCAAAUGCGGCAAAACAGUUUAAUAUUUUGUGCCCCCCGAAAUCAAGAUACUUUAAUCAUAAUUCCAUAUGCGGCUCUCACCAAUGAAGCUCAAGAGAAUGGGCAGAAUUGGGGAGAUAAAUAUGACUGGUAUGCAUCUAUAGGCUUUGGAUGGGAAUACCUCAUUGGUGAAACAGGUUAUGAUUGGUCCAAUUGGUCAUUAAAAGCAGCAAAAGAACAUAGAAAGAAGUUUAACUUAAGCAAAACGACCCAUAAUUUAAUAUUGACAUACAAGUCGAGUCACCCAAUGUGUUUGAUGGUGAGUUUGUGGGCAUAUACUGCGGGAAAAGAUCCCCACUUCCAAGUAGCAUUGUGUUAUGGGAACCGCGUUAAACCAGAAAUGCCAUUAAAAACUUCAAAGAAAGGUGGACACAUGUUAAUGGUUAACAAAAUAACUACUGAUGAUUGGUUCCUUGUAGUCACAGGAGUUUCAGGACAAAAUAACAAUUGGUUACUAUUGGUGGAACAAGCAGCAAAUGUAGCAAAAAAAGAUUGUGUGGUUUGCAUGGGUCCAAGGCCUUUGUUGCGAAUAGUUCCGGCACAAUUAUCACAAAAUUGUAUUAUUCCAUUAAUGAACGCUACUGUACCAACUAAGGGAUGUAAAUCAUGGGAUCGUAUAUAUCCCGUAACAGAAGCAGAUAAAAACAAACCGAUGUUUUCUACUCUAGUAGCACCAAAUAAUUUCACUUGUAUAAACAUGAUUAGUAAAGGCAAAAAAUUAGGACCACUGAAUGACACACAGUGUAAAGUAACCUUAAAAGUCGGACCAAAUUUUAUGCCAGUGUCACGGAGCGACAUCUGGUGGUGGUGCGGAGAUGAUAGACUGUUUGAUAGAUUACCUAAAGAUAUAUCUGGAUUGUGUGCUAUUGUCACUUUGAUAUUGCAUGUGUCAGUAUACCCUAUCCCUGUUCAAGAUUUAAUGAAAAGGGCACCAAUGUUUUUGUCUGAUCUAGAACAUAGACAAAAAAGAGAUUUGUCCUGGCAGGGGCAAAAUAAUCCGACGUACAUCGACGCCAUAGGUGUUCCUCGUGGGGUUCCAAAUCAAUACAAAUUGGCUGACCAAGUUGCAGGAGGAUUUGAGUCUUUCAUAUGCUGGUGGUGUACGAUUAAUAAAAAUGUUGAUAGGAUAAACUACAUCCACUUCAAUGUACAGAGAUUAGGAAAUUGGACUCAGAGUGGGUUGGAAGCUGUACAUGAGCAGCUCAAGGCUACCUCUUUAAUGACGUUCCAGAAUCGCAUAGCUGUCGACAUGCUCCUCGCAAGAGAGGGAGGUGUUUGUGGUAUGUUUGGAGAACAAUGUUGUACAUACAUUCCAAACAAUACUGCUGCGGAUGGCAGCUUGACCAGAGCCAUCGAUGGUCUACGGACCCUCAAUCACAAGAUGAAGAGCCACUCUGGGGUAGACACUUCUUUGUGGGACAGCUGGAUGGACGUUUUUGGUAAAUAUAAAACCCUAAUUUCACCAAUAUUGAUAUCAAUUGCUGUUUUUGCAGCCAUUCUGACAUUUUGUGGAUGUUGUUGUAUCCCAUGCAUUCGAGCUUUAAUCAGUAGAUUAAUCACCACAGCCAUAACCCCCAUGGAGAACCGUAUGGAGCUGAUGUAUCCAUUACUGUUUGAUAAUAAAGAUAAUGAUGAUGAUAAUGAUGAUGAUGAUGAUUAUGCUUUAACUGAUUUGUUUCCUGAUCCAGAUGAUUACGAUGUUUAAACUAUAACAUUCAUGUAUGACAAAUCUACUCUGGGUGUAAAUGUAUUUGUUUCAUAAAAAUGAUUCUACAGUUAAAAAUCGAAAUGAAGUGACUGUAAGAUGAUAUGAGAAUUUGUGCAAAUACAUGAUAAACAGGAGGGAAAUGUUAGAUAUAUCUUAGUAGUUAUCAUUUAUUUGCUUAGCUUGCAUUAGUAUUUUGCAUUAGUAGCUUGCAUUAGAAUUAUGGACAAUAUUUAGAUAGAAAGAUGUCUCGCCUUCAAGAAGAUGACUCAGCAACAUUUGAUGGAAGGGCGCCUUGACCAAGGACGUGAUCGGAUGUGGUCGGGGACGGGACAGGUGUCGUCUGGUCCUAUGUUUUGUGUUGUGUCUUAAUGCUUAGAAUAUUAUGUCUUGUAGAACUCUCCUAUUUUCAAAUAAAUGUAGGAGCGACGGGGGAGAUUGUUUAGAGCGUGUUGAGAGGCUGUAACCUGAACAAUCUCCCAUGCGCCCUCCUCAUGA